AUGUGCAAAGUUUUCCCCACUUCACUAAAAGGAUCGGCGUUAAACUGGUUCACAAGACUCCCACCUGGAUCGAUUGAUUCCUUCACAACCUUAUCAUCCCGGUUCGCGAUACAAUUCGCUACAAGCCGUCCGCACCAACUCACCUCGAUCGCGUUGGUCAACAUUCGCCAAGAGAAGAAAGAACCUCUUAGAACUUUCAUGGAGAGGUUUGGAAAAAUGACACUAUCUAUUCGCGAUUUGGACCCAACCGUUGCCAUGCAUCACUUAACCACGACGUUACGACCUGGGCCAUUCGUCAAUAGCUUGUGCAAAAAAGCACCUCGAGACCUUGACGACCUGAGACAAAGAGCCACGAAAUACAUGCAGAUGGAGGAAUUGGCUGAAUUUAGAAGUCAAAACCGACCUGACUUGUUUCUCGCCAAAAAAGAAAGUGACAAGGAGCUCCCCAGACCUCGUCCCCGAGACACCACCGAUCGAGAGAAGAAUAACAGAGGUCCAAGGUACAUGCAAUACAUGCCGCUUAACACUAGCAGGGCCAAGGUGUUGGAGCAGGCGUUAGCCACGGAAGUACUAGCUGUUCCUCGAAGAACUAUGACCCCGCCUCACGCCGACACAUCCAAGGCGUGUCAAUUCCACCGUAAUAGAGGACACACUACUGAAGAGUGCUCUGCCCUUCGGGAUCGUAUUGAGGAUCUCGUUAAAGCCGGACAUCUCCAAAAUUUCGUUCGAGGAGAUAACAGGAGAAAUAAUUAUCGUACUGGCAGGGAGGAGGGCCGAAAGGAGAAUCGAGAUCGAGCACCCCACAGGAAUCGAUCUCGUGAACGCAGCAGGUCUCAAGAAAGAAGUAGUCAACAGCGAGACCGAAACCAACCCAGGCGAGUGAUAAACACCAUUGCGGGAGGCUUCGCAGGAGGAGGGAGUUCUUCGUCGGCCCGAAAAAGACACCUGAGGGCGAUCAAAUCGGUUAACUCCAUAGGACGGGCAACUGCAAUUCGUAUGCCCCCUAUCACAUUCACCGAUCAAUAUUUUCAAGGCGUCGAUCCAGUGCAAGAUGACCCCAUGGUCAUCAGUGUGGAAAUUAACAACUGUAUUGUAAGAAAAACUCUUGUCGAUCAGGGAAGCUCGGCUGACAUCUUAUACUGGAAGACUUUCGAGCAGCUCGGCAUCCCCGAACAGGAAUUGACACCUUACGAUGAACCUUUGGUGGGAUUCUCAGGUGAACGUCUGGACACAAGGGGAAAAAUAGAUCUGUACACCUAUUUUGGAGACGACCAGCAGAGACGAAGGAUAAAAAUACGGUACGUUGUGGUGAGUGCUAACACGUCAAUAUCCUCUUAG